UUCGUUGAUCCAUUAAUUUUGAUGAGACACUGUCAACGUCGUGUUUCAUUCUUAAUUGCUGAAAAAUCCAUGCAACGAAAGUACAUAGGAACUAUCGCGCGACUUCUUAAUGCAAUUCCUAUCAUUCGUCCUCAAGAUUUAGCAAAACCUGGGACGGGACGCAUUCAAUUGCUUAAUCGAAAAACAGAUCCCACUCGUAUUACUGGUAUAAACACUGCCUUUACACGUGAUUUAAAAGUAGGCUCGCAAAUUUGUCUUCCUAAAGAUCGCGGAUCAUCGGAGGUCAUAGAGAUUAUAUCAGAUACAGAAUUAUUGGUCAAAAGCGAAUUUAGGGAUCUAAAGGCUUUGGAGAUGCUCACAAAUCCAGAGGGAACUUCUUACAAAUGCAUUCCUCAAGUUGACCAGAGUUUUGUCUAUCAGGUCAUAUUUGAAAGGUUAAAUGCAGGGGAAUGUAUUGGUAUAUUCCCGGAGGGUGGAAGUCACGAUCGAACAGAGAUACUACCUCUAAAAGCUGGGGUUACGAUAAUGGCUUUAGGUGCGCUUGCCGCAAACCCGCAACUUAAUGUUAGGAUUGUUCCAUGUUUAAAUUACUUCCAAGCACAUUCUUUCCGUUCCAAGGCUGUAAUUGAGUUUGGCUCCCCGAUUUCCGUAUCACCUGAACUCGUGGAGAAAUAUAAACAAGGCGGCCCGUCGAAAAGAGAAGCAUGCUCAAAAUUAUUGGAAAUCAUUCUCAAUGGGUUAAGAGCAGUUACCGUGAAUACACCGGAUUACGAAACAUUAAUGUUCAUCCAAGCUGGGAGACGUUUGUACAAACCAGCCCAUAGGAAACUUCCGAUUUCUCAAAUUGUAGAGUUGAACCGACGGUUUAUCGCUGGCUAUGAGUACUUCAAGAAUGAUUCCAGGGUGCAAGGAAUGCGCAAUAGGGUUAUGGCAUACAACAAGUUAUUGAAAUAUUAUGAUUUGAAGGAUCAUCAGGUUAACAAAUCGGCGACAGGUGGCCCAAGAGCCGCAGGUCUAUUGUUAUACCGAGUCAUGUUAUUAACCACAUGGAGUAUUCUUGGGUUGCCCGGAUUCGUGUUAAAUCUGCCUCUUGUAAUAAUUGCGCGUAGAGUGAGUGCAAAAAAAGCCGAAGAAGCUGUUCGUGGCUCUUCAGUUAAAGUGGCGGGUCGUGAUGUACUUGCAACAUGGAAACUCCUUGUUGCCUUAGUAGUUACUCCACUCCUCUAUGGAUUUUAUACAUUCAUUGUGGUGCUCAUAUCAUUUAGGAAUAGAUGGAUACUGAAAUGGAAGGUAUUUGCACCGAUAUCGACCUUCUGUACGUUGGUUACAGGAAGCUACAUGACUAUUCGAUUUGUCGAAAGUGGCGUCGACAUUUACAAGUCAAUUAGACCACUAUUUUUGUCAUUGCUUCCGUGGACCAGACCAAAUAUCAUAAACUUGCGCAAUGUUCGCGAGCAACUUUCUAAAGAUCUCACCAAUUUAAUCAACGAAUUAGCACCGACAAUCUAUCCUGAUUUUGAUGCCGAACGCAUAGAGCAGGCGGCAUCAUCACAAGUUCCGCCAAAGAGCAUAUUUCAAUCACCAAUUGAUUGGUUGGAUGAUAAGGUGUUUAGCUGGGAAAAGCAAGGAGACACGUUGGAAUUUGAUGAUGUGUUAUUCUUUCUCGAGAAGAACAAUGGUAGUAUAUCUGGUCGUAGUAGAACAAGUAGUUGGAGUGGAACAAGCUCGAGAGCACGUAGUAGGGCAAAUUCAAUUAGUAUGGGACAAUCGAGUGAAGGGUUCAGGGUUGAGGCGUUAACAGGUUUACCAAAAGAUCAGCCCUUUUCCACAGUUACCAGACGUGGUGGUGCUAUUGCAAGAUCGAACAAUAAAGAGACUGAUUACGAUUCAGGAUACCAAGGUGAUAAAGAAGAUGAUGAGAGUCGAAAUAAUUUCAGAGUUAGAUAA